CCCAGUAGCACAAUGGCCGACGACGAUAAUUUUGAUAUCGACAUCUAUGGCGAUGACUCUGGUCAGACCUACCAGGACUCUAGUACCCAGCAGAAUGGAGCGCAAGCCGAUGCUGCCAUGCACACCGAUGAACCAGCUGGCAAUGACACUGCAAAGUCGGAUAAUACAGGGGCCGCGGUGAAAGCGGAGGGUGCUGACGGUGGAGCCAACGCCGAAGAACACCAUGAGAACGAGACACAGCAGAUCUCCAGUACUGGUGCAUCGGCAAACAACCAAGCUUUUCAACGACAAGCACCACAGCAGCAAGGCACGAAGCGCAAGCAGGGUGAGGAUGACGAUAGGCCCAUGGAUCCCGGAGCAACUGCCGCGCUUAUGAUUAAUGAUCUGAACUGGUGGAUUAGUGAGGAAGAUGUUCGCGGUUGGGCCAACCAAAGCGGCUGCGAGGACGAGUUGAAUGAAAUCACAUUCAACGAGCACAAGGUCAACGGCAAAAGCAAAGGACAAGUCUACGUACAACUGCAAACUCCUCAAGCUGCGACCGCUCUCAAGCAUCAGAUAGACACGCUCUACCAAGACCAAGCGCAUGCGAAGAAACCCACUGCCGUGUUCAAUCCCCCGCACAUCAAUCCUUUCAAGACACUUCCCAAGGACGUGCCUCAACGUGACAAGAAUCGUGGUGACCGAUCGUCCUCGUCAAAUUACAACAACCAAGGAGGGCAAGGAGGCAACUUCAACAGGUUCAACAACCAGCGGGGCAACUUCAACAAUCGCGGCGGUAACAUGGGCUUCCAAAACCGUAAUUUCUCGGGUCCUGGCGGUAAUAUGGGUAACUUCAAUGGCAGUCCUGCCCCGAUGGCUAACUUCGGUGGAGGAGGCCCUAUGGGCGGAAUGAACAACUUCAAUGGCGGAUUCAAUCGUGGAGGCGGCAUGAUGGGCGGCAUGCGAGGCGGUAUGAACAACCGCGGCCGUGGAGGAGGUAUGAUGGGGGGCAACAUGGGCGGAAUGAACAUGCCCAUGGGAGGUAACAUGAUGGGUGGUAUGGGCGGCGGUAUGAUGGGUAUGGGUGGAAAUAUGGGGAUGAUGGGAGGAAUGGGAGGUCCGGGAGGUUUUGGCGGAAACCAAGCACAAUUCAAUCCUGCUUUCUUUGGUCAGAACCAAGGUGGUGGUGAUGGGAACUGGAACCCUCACGGCAACAAACGGCCACGACCGGAGUAG